UCCCGACAUUUUCGCUUCAUUUUACAGUGCUGCGUCUGUGCUGUGGCUAUUAAUCUUGUGUGCACAGUUACUAUUGUAUGGAAAGCAACAGCAGGUGUUAAUCAAUCCUUUACCUAUAUAGGGAAUGAUUUUCCUUUGAAAAUGCCUCUGCCGAAAUUUCAGGAAGUUCAAAUGGCAUACUAUGAGUCGGUACACUAUGCUUUCAAUGGGACUCAACCGCAGGAUAUUGCAGAGUGGGAUACUGUUGUCAACUUACCUGAAGGAUUUGGACGGGUCCGAUUGGGACCAGAAUGGCGUACCUUUGUCCUCACCUAUUACCAUCAGCUUCACUGUCUGCAGAGCAUUCAUGAGGCUUUCACUGCCCCUAGCAGCUUUGACAGUAGUGGGCAUGACCACGAACAUCUUGAGCAUUGUUUCAAUUAUCUUCGCCAGACAUUCAUGUGUGAAGCUGCUGACUCAUUGGAAAGGGGUAAUUUUCAUGAGCAAAAUUUUACGGCAGAUCGGAUUGGAGAGACAGUAGUGUGCCGGGAUUGGAGUUCAAUAUUUGGAGCAGCUACCGAGAAUUAUCGUUCCUGGAAACAUAGAUAUAGAUUGCAUUCCAGCAUUUAGUCAAUAGACUGUCAUGUAC